AUGUUCGGCAAACUCCCCUCAGCUGCCUUGGUGCUUGCACUAAGUCUGACAACCCAUGCCAGCCAAAUCUUCAGCAACACCGGAACAACCUCAGGUUGGGAUGCCACCAACCAUGAACACUCAGGCACAGUACAGCAAGUGAGCAAUGUAGUCUACCAAGGCACGACAGCCCUGAAGAUGACGCAAGUCUACGACUCCAGCUAUUCAGGCCGAUACCACUCAGAAGUGGUCAAGAACAACGUCUACAAGCGCGGCGACACAGGCUUCUACGGCUUCGCCUUCCGCCUGCAAGAUGACUGGCAAUUCUCCCCAGCACAAUCCUACAAUAUCGCCCAAUUCAUUGCCGACUUCACCGACACCGGCUGCGACGACUGGAUGCCAUCCAGCAUGGUCUGGCUCGUCGGUAACCAGCUCUAUACGCGCGUGAAGCAGGGCUCAAUCUGCGCGCAGAAGACGCAGACUUUCUCAAACUUGGCCACUGUGACUGCAGGCGCGUGGCACAAGAUUGUCAUUCAGUCUAGUUGGAAGUCUGAUGGGACUGGGUAUUACAAGAUGUGGUUUGAUGGCGUUAAGGUUCUUGAGAAGCUUAAUAUUGCUACUACCAUUGCCGAUGAUCGAGCCUUCCAGUUCCGCGUUGGUCUUUAUGCUAAUGGGUGGCAUGAUGAUAACGGUAUGAAGGGGACUCAGGGGACUCGUCAGGUCUGGUACGAUGAGAUUGCUGCUGGGACUACUUUUGCCGAUGCCGAUCCUGAUCAGUGGUGA